UGUGGCAGCAGAAUGCAGAGCAGCUGAUUCUGUUACGAGGCUAAAAAUAAUCCACUUUUCUCUGCUCACUUCUUCUCACUGUAAAAUUAUUUCUUUACUCCUCUUCCUCCUUCUCUCUGUUUUCUGAAGAAAACCUGUUUUCAAGGAAUGAGUCACUGAGGAUUAUUACUUUUCUCUGAGGUCAUGUUGCGGCCGGAGGACGAGGGCUUGUCGUUUUGCGGCAACAACGUCAGUGGCGAGGCCUACAGCGUGAGCGGGGGGGUGCUGAACAAUGGCUGCUUCGUGGACGCUCUCAACCUGGUUCCUCAUGUGUUCCUGCUCUUCAUCACCUUCCCCAUCCUCUUCAUCGGUUGGGGAAGUCAAAGCUCGAAGGUCCAGAUCCAUCACAACACGUGGCUUCAUUUCCCCGGACACAACAUGAGAUGGAUCCUCACCUUCUCGCUGCUGUUCGUCCACGUCUGCGAGUUCGCAGAAGGCAUCGUCUCCACCAAGACGAUGGACACGAACAACCUGCACCUGUACAUGCCUGCGUUCAUGGGUUUUGUAGCCGCGACGACGUCGGUGGUUUAUUACCACAACAUAGAGACGUCCAACUUCCCCAAACUGCUGCUUGUUCUUUUCAUUUACUGGGUGUUGGCGUUCAUCACCAAGUCCAUCAAGCUGUGGAAGUAUACAGAGUACAACGUGGGACCACGGCACCUGAGGUUCUGUAUCACAGCUCUGCUGGUGAUCCUGUACGGACUCCUGAUGGGCGUGGAGGUCAACGUCAUCAGAGUCAGGAAAUACGUGUUCUUCGCCAAUCCUCAGAAGGUGAAGCCACCGGAAGAUUUGCAGGAUUUGGGCGUUCGCUUCCUGCAGCCGUUUGUCAACUUGCUCUCCAAGGCGACAUACUGGUGGAUGAACCCUCUCAUCAUGGGAGCCCAUAAAAGGCCGAUAGAGCUGAGGAAGAUCGGCAAGCUGCCCAUCGCCAUGAGAGCGCUCACCAACUACCUGCGGCUCAAAGACGCCUACGAGGACCAGAGGACAGCGGAGGAUCCGAAUCAAUCCCCGUCGAUCUGGCGCUCCGUGUACCGAGCAUUCGGACGUCCCAUCCUGCUCAGCAGCACCUUCCGCUACCUGGCCGACCUGCUGGGCUUCGCCGGGCCACUCUGCAUCUCCGGCAUCGUGAAGAACAUGGAGGUCGACAACGACACGUCACAAGUGACGGAAUCCUACUUCGGCGUCCCCUUCAUGUCCUCCGCUAAGCUGCUGCAGAACCCGUCCGUCCUGGCCGUUCUGCUCUUCCUGGCUUUAAUCCUGCAGAGGACCUUCUUACAGGCCUCGUACUACGUCAGCAUAGAAGCUGGCAUCAACCUGCGCGGAGCCCUGCUGGCGAUGAUUUACAACAAAAUCCUGCGUCUGUCCACCUCCAACUUGUCCAUGGGCGAGAUGACACUCGGGCAGAUCAACAACCUGGUUGCUAUAGAGACCAACCAGCUGAUGUGGUUCCUCUUCCUCUGCCCGAACCUUUGGGCCAUGCCCGUUCAGAUCGUGAUGGGAGUGAUCCUGCUCUACUAUUUAUUGGGCUAUAGCGCGCUGGUGGGCGCGGCCGUCAUAGUUCUGCUGGCGCCGAUACAAUACCUCAUCGCCACCAAGCUGGCGGACACGCAGAAGAUCACACUAGACCACUCCACCGAUCGUCUGAAAAAGACCACAGAGAUCCUGAAGGGUAUAAAGAUGCUGAAGCUCUACGCCUGGGAGAACAUCUUCUCUGACAGCGUGGAGGAGACGAGGGGCAAAGAGCUCACCAGCCUCAGGACCUUCGCCUUCUACACGUCCAUGUCCAUUUUCAUGAAUGCUGCGAUCCCCAUUGCUGCCGUUCUAUCGACGUUUGUGACUCAUAUAUUCCUGGAUGGAAGCGUGCCCAGUCCUUCUAAGGCCUUCGCAGCCCUGGCGCUGUUCCACAUCCUGGUCACUCCGCUCUUCCUGCUCUCCACCGUGGUCAGGUUCGCUGUGAAGGCUCUGGUCAGUGUCGAGAAGCUCGGUGACUUUCUUCAGAGCGACGAAAUUGGAGACGACAGCUGGAGAAACGGAGACAUGUCCGUUUCCUUCGAAGCAGGAAAAAAAAACCUCGGGAUGACCAAAGCCAUCAACAGGAAGCAGCCGAUGCGCUACCAGAUGGACAACUACGAGCAGCCGAGCAGGCGACAGAUGAGGCCCUCGGAGACGGAGGAUGUGGCUCUAAAGGUGAGCAAUGGAUUCUUCACCUGGGGAAGUAACCUGUCGACGCUGUCCGACAUCAACAUCCGCAUCCCGACAGGUCAGCUGACGAUGAUUGUGGGCCAGGUGGGUUGUGGGAAAUCCUCCCUGCUGCUCGCCCUGUUGGGUGAGAUGCAGACCAUCGACGGGAGAGUCUACUGGAGCAAGCUGCCUGAAUGUCAGAUGGUCCACGAGGGGAACAUCAGUUGGUCAGAGACAGAGGAGUCUGACGGAGACAUCAGGAGCAAGAACAGAUACUCUGUGGCCUACGCCGCCCAGAAGUCGUGGCUGCUCAACGCGACACUGGAGGAGAACAUCACCUUCGGGAGCCCGUUCAGUAAACAGAGGUACAAAGCUGUGAUUGAAGCCUGCUCUCUGCAGCCAGACAUCGACCUGUUGCCUUUCGGAGACCAAACUGAGAUUGGAGAGAGGGGCAUCAACCUGAGUGGAGGUCAGCGGCAGAGGAUCUGUGUGGGCAGAGCUCUGUACCAGAACACCAACAUCGUCCUCUUGGACGACCCCUUCUCGGCGUUGGACAUCCACCUCAGUGAUCACCUGAUGCAGGAAGGAAUCCUCAAGUUCCUGCAGGACGAUAAACGCACCGUCAUCCUGGUCACUCAUAAACUGCAGUAUCUUAUACAUGCAGACUGGAUCAUAGCGAUGAAGGACGGCUCCAUCCUGAGGGAGGGAACCCUGAAGGACAUUCAGACUCAUGACGUCGAGCUUUACGAUCACUGGAAAACUCUGAUGAACCGACAGGACCAGGAGCUGGAGAAGGACAUUCAGCAGGACAGUCAAACGACACUGGAGAGGAAGACUCUGAGGAGAGCUUUCUACUCCAGAGAAGCCAAGAGCCAGAUGGACGACGAGGAUGAAGAGGAGGAAGAGGAGGAAGAAGAAGACGACGACAUGUCUAUGACCUCAAACAGACGAUCAAAGAUCCCAUGGAGGGUGUGCUGGUGUUACUUGUCCUCCGGGGGUUUCUUCAUGGUCUUCCUCAUGGUGUCCUCCAAGCUGCUCAAGCACAGCGUCAUCGUCGCCGUUGACUACUGGUUGGCCAUGUGGACGUCCUCCAAGACCAAUCUGAGUGCGUCCAAUGGAACGAGCCCGGCCGUGAACAUCAGCGGUUCUCCUGAGGCUGACUCCCACUAUCUGCUAGUGUUCGCUAUCCUGUCUGCAUCUGGAAUCACGCUGUGCCUCAUCACCUCCCUCACUGUGGAGUUUCUGGGUGUCUCUGCAGCCACCAACCUGCACCACAACCUGCUCAACAAGAUCAUCCACGCUCCCAUCAGGUUCUUCGACAUCACUCCUCUGGGGCAGAUCCUCAACAGGUUCUCAGCUGACACCAACAUCAUUGAUCAGCACAUUCCCCCGACGCUGGAGUCGCUGACGAGAUCCACGCUGCUCUGUUUGUCGGCCAUCGGGGUCAUUUCCUUCAUCACGCCUCUGUUUCUGAUCGCCUUGGUUCCCCUGGGCAUCGCCUUCUACUUCAUCCAGAAGUACUUCAGAGUGGCGUCCAAGGACCUGCAGGACCUGGACGACUCCACACAGCUUCCUCUGCUCUGUCACUUCUCUGAGACGGCUGAAGGUCUCACCACAAUAAGAGCAUUCAGACACGAGGCUCGUUUCAAACAGCGGAUGCUGGAGCUGACGGACACGAACAACACAGCCUACCUGUUUCUGUCGGCCGCCAACCGCUGGCUGGAGGUCCGCACGGACUACCUGGGAGCAGUGAUCGUGCUGACGGCGGCGGGAGCGUCCAUCUGGAAUCAACCUUACGGAGGCAUGGUGGGACUCGGACUCACGUACGCCCUCACGGUCACCAACUACCUGAACUGGGUCGUGAGGAACCUGGCGGACCUGGAGGUGCAGAUGUCGGCGGUGAAGAAGGUCAACAGCUUCCUCAGCACAGAGUCGGAGAACUACGAAGGACUGAUGGACGCCUCUCAGGUGCCCGAGGACUGGCCCCACGACGGGGAGAUCAAGAUCCAGGACCUGAGUGUGCGCUACGACCCGAUGCUCAAGCCAGUGCUCAAACACGUCAACGCCUACAUCGAGCCCGGCCAGAAGGUGGGAAUCUGCGGCCGCACGGGCAGCGGGAAGUCCUCCCUGUCGCUGGCCUUUUUCAACAUGGUGGACAUUUUCGAAGGAAAGAUCAUCAUCGACGGGAUCGACAUCUUUAAACUUCCUCUGCCGACUCUGCGCUCGAGGCUUUCCAUCAUCCUCCAGGACCCUGUGUUGUUCAGUGGAUCCAUAAGGUUUAAUCUGGAUCCAGAGCGGACGUGCACUGAUGAUCGACUCUGGGAGGCGCUAGAGAUCGCCCAGCUGAAGAACAUGGUGAAGGCUCUGCCUGGAGGACUAGAUGCCGUGGUGACAGAGGGAGGUGAGAACUUCAGCGUCGGUCAGAGGCAGCUCUUCUGUUUGGCUCGAGCCUUCGUCAGGAAGAGCAGCAUCCUCAUCAUGGAUGAGGCUACAGCAUCUAUCGACAUGGCAACGGAGAACAUUCUACAGAAAGUGGUGAUGACGGCGUUCGCCGACCGAACAGUCGUAACGAUCGCACACCGCGUCCAGUCCAUCCUGAAGGCCGACCUGGUCAUCGUGAUGAAGCGAGGGAACAUUCUGGAGUACGACAAACCCGAGACUCUUCUGGAGCAGGAGGGGGGGAUGUUCGCCUCGUUCGUCAAAGCCGAUCUGUAGACACGCAGACAGUCGCCGUCCAGAUCAGAUCUUCCCUUUUUUUUUUUUAAGUCUUUGAAUUAUUUUUUACAAGUUCGAUAAACUCCUGUGACGCUGAAACACGCCAGAGAAGCAAAUAACAAGGAGAAGCUUGUUCUGUGGAAGAGGAAACACCGUCACUGUGGAGGUCACUGCCUUUCUGACACUUCACGUCAGUUACUAUGAUCAUCUGCUCCAUCAUCUGCUCCAUCAUCUGCUCCAUCAUCUGCUCCAUCAUCUGAUCCAUCAGCUGCUCCAUCAUCUGCUCCAUCAGCUGAUUCCUCCUGUUUUCACAUCGACAUUAAGAAUUUAGCUGAAGCACUUAAACAAGUUUUUCAUUGAAUUUGACGACGGAGACAUUUAAUGUUCUCGGAUCAGUUAAAAUAGAAAUGAGAACGAUCAGAAUAAGAACAACUGUUCAAACUAGGGUCCGAAUGUUUUGGGAAAUUACUUAAAAUGACUUUAAAACAUCAAACUCUUCCAGAAGAAGCUCUGAGAUCUCAGACUAAUACUUUGUUACUUUGGUUUUGGUCUUAGAUUUUAAUGAGAUUUGACUUCAGGUUUUUAUUAAAUCACUUUAAACUUUGUACAGACUUCAGAGUUAAUUCAAUAGUUUCAGUUUGAGCUGAACUUUUAAACCCUGCGAGAAUCUUUUUUUUUUUUACUGAACUUGACUGAAAAGUCUUUAAUUAUCUUUAAUCACCACAUGUAUCAGUUUACACUCGAUCACUUCUAUUAUGCAACAAUAAGGAAAACAGAAGUUUAUAUCCAGUUUUAUUUGAAUCCCUUUUUUAUAUGAUUGAAUGUACAAUCUGUUUCACUGUAAAGGAUUUAAAUCUUAAUAUUUUAGACCCAGGUUUAGAACGUGCUACAUUUUUAGACACAGAAGUAAAACUAAUAUAUCUCAGUUGUGUUCAGAAAAGACUUCGAUCAACAGUUUGUUGUUAAACCGACGACGGAGAAGGAGAAACGUUCAUUCUCCUGUCGGAGGUUUUUCAUCGACUCGUACCUUCCUCCUCCGAACGAGCUCGACUGAGGAGUUCUACGUUGGUGGAUUUGCCGCCAUCUUUUUUAUUUUGGAGCAUUUCUGCAACCAACCGAGACAUCAGACCUUUUUUUUAAAGUCCUUGUUCUUACUUGCGUCUCCUCCCAGUUCUCCAGGAGGAGCUCAUCUCUCAGCUGCAGCCAUUUUUGAUGCAACUGCAAAUCUGCCACGAUCUGAGAAUGAGGGUGGGGGGGGGAAUCCAUCACCCGUCUCCUCUGGUGGAAAGAAAAAUCGUUAGACGCAAAACAAUCUUUUAUAGUUGCAAAGUUUUUUUUAAUUGCAUUUAUAAAUGUAUUUUUCACAGGUUUGCUGUUUUAGUUCCAAAAUAAAUCAAGAAUUUCUUUAUUUAGUAAAAUGUCUGUGAAAUUAGGAUUUUAAUUUGAUUUUAGAUUUGUAAACGCGUGGAUCUUAUUUCCAGCUCUGUCACUGUUCUAUCGGUUGUAUUUCUAUGUUUCACUAGUACAAACACUGUAGGGUGUCGCGGCUCGGUCCGACGCCGCUGAGCCCGCUGUCUGUCUGCGGUCAUGCUUUGCUGAACCCUUUUUAAUCGUCGGGGGAAACAAUAGACGGCGAAACACGAUCUCCCGUUAACCCGAGAGGUCGAUCCGGACCGAGAGUGAGACGGCGACGUGACGCCGAGUCGAUCCAGAAUCCAAACAAACAUCAGCGUGACGAGAACUAACUGAAAUGACAGAAACCGUCUUUGACAUUUCAGUUCGGUCCCAUCUGCUAACAUGGAGAGGACAGGUUUUAUACUGACCUAUACUGCAGCCAGCCACCAGGGGGCACCUGAGAUGGUUUGGCUUCACUUUCUCGGCGCCGUCAUGUCGUCCGUCUUCGUUCUCAGUCUAUGAUUUACUUUUUUCACUUAGAUGAAAUGUUCCUGUCGUAUUAUUGAAGGAAUUGAGCUCAACUAUCAUGUUAUACUGUUAUAUUUCCAUUUAUAGUUUUUGUAAUGAUAUAUACACUUAUACAUAUUUCUAACAAAGAAAAAACUAAAGAGACAAAUUCACAUGUUUCACAGUCGGAGUCGAUCUGAAAACUUUUUCUAGAAUCCCUGGUUCUGUGGUUCUGUCCCUUUUGUAUUAUGGUUUAUUGAUUAAUCCUCUACUUUUCAACUUUCUUUAUAAAAACUGAUUUUCUCUCACGUGUUUCAUCUGGAGAAGUUUCCGAUUUUAUAGUUUUUAACACGUGAAACCGAAGCUGCGGUUUGUUUUUCUCUUUUCACUCUGCUGCUCAAACUGAAACCCGAAACUCAGAUUUGUGCCAAACGAAGAAAAAGCACAGAAUGAAGUCGACGCAAACUUUAUCGGAGCUUUGACGACUGUUUUUUAUUCUUCCUCGUAAAAUCACAUGACUGUUAAAUAAACAUGAUUUUCAGCUGCAGGUGAAGUUUAGGUAGUUUUUAAAGUAUGUACAUGUACAGUUUGUAGGAGCCUGUGAAUCCAGGAGUUUUUAAACUUAUACAAACUCUUAUAUUAUUAUUAUUCUGUGUGCCUGAGUUUUUUACACUUGAAAUGAAAAUAAAAAUGUUUCUGAGUGAAGUGAAA